AUAUAAAGCACGGGCAUUAGGGAAAGACUGCCCAACGUGCUCAGCAUAAGGAGCGACGACAAAAACGGAAGUGCGUUAGUUUUUGUACUCCGGGUAAGAUGAGUGGGUUCGUCGAUUGUCACUGUCACCUUGCAGCGUCGGACUUCCUCACAGAUAUUGAUGCUGUGAUAGAACAAGCUAAAAAGGCUGGACUUCUAGCUCUUGUGGCAGUAGCAGAGCAUUCUGGAGAAUUUGAAAGGCUUAUAGAACUUUCAGAGAGGUAUUCAGGAUUUGUGCUACCAUGCCUUGGUGUUCAUCCAGUGCAAGGAACUCUACCACAAGAACAGCGUGGAGCCACUUUGCAGGAUUUGCAGACUGCACUUCCAUUAAUAGAAAGAUAUAAAGAAUAUUUACUUGCAAUUGGAGAGGUUGGAUUGGAUUUCACGCCACGAUUUGCCAGCACUGAGGCACAGAAAAAUGAACAGAGAAAGGUCUUCAUUGAACAGAUUGAAAUUGCAAAGCGCCUGGAUUUACCUUUAAACGUACAUUCUCGUUCUGCUGGCCGACCAACCAUUAAUCUUCUGAAGGAGCAAGGAGCUAAGAAAGUGUUGUUGCAUGCAUUUGAUGGAAAACCCUCUGUGGCUAUGGAAGGGGUGAAAGCUGGAUUUUUCUUUUCAAUUCCACCAUCUAUCGUAAGAAGCGAGCAGAAGCAGAAAUUGGUGAAGCAGCUGCCACUAGAGUUUAUCUGCUUGGAGACAGACUCUCCUGCGUUAGGGCCAGAAAAACAGAUGAGAAAUGAGCCGAAGAACAUAUCUAUCUCCUGUCAGUAUAUUGCACAAAUUAAAGGGCUUUCAGUGGAGAAUGUCAUGGAAGUGACAACGAGGAAUGCAUGCAAACUUUUCCCAAAGCUCCAAAAAUUAAUCCACUUGUAACCCAGGUUCUCUGUUCAAUAAAAAGUAACAAAGUUGA